AGUGGAGUCGGGUUGAUUUUCGACCCGAAACCGACUGAUUAUUCACAUCUCCCCCGUUUUCCCUGUAGCUGAAACCCUAAUCAGACUGUAGUUCUGUUGAAGUGAGCACAUUUUUUUGGGGGAAUUGAUAGGAAUAGGCAGAAGGAAGAUGACUGUGUCGCUGUCGAAAAUCGGGAAUGUGUUACCCUUCUCCAGGCUCUUCAGGCAACUGGAGCUGGAUAUGGAAACUGUAGUUAAGGUACUACAACCUGGUCCACUGGGCAUUGUGGAACACAAAUUUUCUGCUGAGGAAAUACAGAAAGCCAGUGAUACUGUUAAGCAGGCAGUGAGUAAUUGGCGAAGGCAGGCUAACAUUGAGAAACAUAGCCCCGUCAUGAAAGAUUUUAUCGAUGUAUGAGAGAGUUGUUUCUUCAUUUGCUAUCAAUAAUUUCAUGAAAAGACAAUAAUGUAAAUUUGUAAGCUCAAUAGAAAUAAACUAUAGUUAAUUAUUA